AUGGGCAUUUUUCUCCUUCCUCAGUCAAUCAUUGAAAGACUCAAUAUACUACUUAAGAAAUUCUGGUGGGGGUACAAUGAAGAUCACACAAAGAUUCAGUGGGUGAAGUGGAGCCUCAUGGGGAAAGCAAAGGAUCAAAGGGGGCUGGGUUUUAGGGAUCUCAACAGCUUUAAUAUUGUAAUGCUAGCAAAGCAAAGCUGGCGUAUUUUAAAAUUCCCAGAUUCCCUACUAGCCCAAGUUUUCAAGAGUAAAUACUUUCCUCAUUCAGAUUUAAUGGAAGCAAGACUGGGAAACAGGCCCUCCUUUGCUUGGAGAAGCAUUAUGAAAGGCAACCAACUAUUUAAAGAGGGCCUAAUAUGGAGGAUUGGGAAUGGGAAAAGUACCAAAAUUUGGGCCGACCAUUGGAUUCCAUCAUCUCCACUACACAAGGUUGACACUAGAGGAGAGGAAAAGAAUCUGAAGUGGGUGUCCGAGCUUAUUGAUCCUGAACUAAAACAGUGGAAGGAAUCCAUCCUUAGGUCCCAUUUUAAUCUAGAGGAAAUUGAGAAGAUAAAAGCCAUUCCCAUCAGCCUAGGAGGCAGGGAAGAUCAGCAGGUAUGGGCAGCCUCACCGAAUGGUUUAUUCAGUGUAAAGAGUGCUUACCUCCUACAUAAGGAGGUGAUCAACCAGAAGGAAGGCGAAUCCUUAAGUAGCAAGGAAUACUCGAAUGAAUGGAAAGUUGUAUGGCAUCUGAAAACUUCAACCCCAAUUAAAUUGUUCACCUGGAAAGCUUGCUAA